AUGGCUCUGAAAAUUGGCAAGGGUGAAAACCUUAGGGCUUAUGCCAAAAGGUAUUAUGAGGUGUUCAACCGAAUGCCAGGAUGCAACCAGGAGUUGGCGAUCGUGUCUUUUAAGAAUGGCUCGGAAGAUGAUUGCAUGCUUCGAAAGUCACUGGCAAAGACUCUGCCAAAGAGUAUGGAAGAGCUCAUGGCAAGGAUCGAGAAAUAUGCCAGAGCAGAAGAGGAUAUGUUGGGAAUGAAGGCGUCGAAGCAGGAGAAGAGAAAUGAAUCACUGAAGCGGGGACGAGGUAAUACAAGUUAUAAUAGACAGGAAACAAGGUUGAAAGCUAUACAGGCAGUCACCACCAUGUUUCGAAUCCCGAUUUAUAAAAUUUUGGAAAGGAUCAGGAACCAGCUGUAUUGUAGAGCGCCAGAAAAGAUUCCUGGCAAAUUCAUGGGAAGAAGUCUUGGGAAGCAUUGUGCCUACCACAAUGAGGUUGGGUACCUAACUCAGGGGUGUAGAGCCCUGAAGAUAUAUUUGGAAGAUCUAGUCAGACAGGGUCACUUGAGGGACCUGGUAGAUGAGGCCAGAAUGAGGGAAAAGCAGGCAAGACUUCCCCAGGCACUAGCAGCACCACUUCUACCACCACCACAAUAG